CUUUUCUUUCAGGGUAUUUUUUUUCCUUCUUCUUCUUUAGAAAUGUCAACAAUCUAUUUCAUGAUCCGGGAAUGGAUUGUACCAGAGCUAAAAGGUCCCUCUGUGUAUUUUAGUUGUCUGUUUUCCUUUUGUUUCCCUCCCUGACAGCUUUCCUUCAAGAGGUCGGAAGUUCCCUUUUCAAUGCGGCCCUUCUAAAAGAGGAUGUUGCAAUGUGUUUGCGUAUGCGUGUAUGUGUGUGUGUAUGUCUGAAGUGAAAAGGGUUGCCAGGGCAGCGAAAAAGCGACUUGUUUGCUCACGCCCCGACCUGCAGAAUGGACGAGGGCACAGAUGGGGCGGGAGAUUUUCUUUUUCUUCUGACCCUCAGCUCCUGUUGUGUGUUCGGGGGGGAGACAUGGAAACCUCGACGGGAACAGGCAGGCAUCCGAUUGAACGCAGGACGACGUCUGAAUAGACGAGCAGUGAAAGUCGGGUAGGGUUGGGAUUAUUGCCAUGAGGUCAGUAUAAUGCGAGUUGUCUUCAACAGCUUUUUUUUUUUGGGUGCCGGUGAACUCAGUCACCGGCUAAUCACGAGUACGGCUAUGUGGUAGGUUGAUGGAGCAGUAGCGGCUCUGUCCAAAAUCAGCUGAGUCCAGGCUCCACGCAGCCAUAAAACUUCAAAGCGCCCCCGAUUUAAGAAAUCAUCUGGCUUUGUUCCCCCCCCCCCUCCAUAUUUGCUUCCCUCUGCGUCUUCUUGUGGGAACCAAAUGCAUCCUUGAUAUUUUCCGAUAACAUCCAGCGCUCUGCCCAAAAGUGUCCAACAGCCUCGUCUACAAACACCCUAACUCACCUCUAUCAAACUCAAGGCCCGGGGGCCAGAUUUGGCCCGCCACAUCAUUAGACGUGGUCCGCGAAUGCAGAUCAAACAUGUCAACUUCCAUGAUCCAUUCUAAAAUAUCGACCAACAUUCUAAAUUCUCAUUUGUAAUAACUAGGAGAGGUUUUCUUGUUACCAAACCCCGAAUGAUAGGAACUUAAAAAAAUAGCUGAAUCAACAGUUUUUCUUGACUUCUUUAUCUUGUUUUAGUCAUAACGGCCCUCCUCGUGAAACGGUGACUAAAAUGUGGCCCGCGGCAAAAAUGAGUUUGAAAUAGCUACCCCAACUGUUAGAAAAUGGCCCAUUAUUUGGAGUAUUUUGAAAAACGUAAAACUUGUACACGCUCCAAAAUCAGCACUUUUCAGAAGAUACCCUCAAAAAAACUCAAAAACCUACUUGAAUAAAUGCAAAACUGUAAUAUGAUUACUUCUCUCACCGUUAGUAUUUUUGAGAGGUGUCUAAAAGUCAAAAUAUGCCCACAGUUGAGUUGUUGAGCCAGGUGAUGAGGUUCACAUUUUUGGGGGGGGACCGGGGGGGGACUAUGCUAUCAUCCCACAGUGCAGUUGUGACUUGCUGACAGGUGUAGCACUCCAGAAGGUCAAAGUUCACUAAAGGCUGCCUCGGCGAUACCAGUCUGCAAGCGUUUCUGGACAGAAUCCGGCACUUGUGUCGCACUCACUUGGAAGCUAAUGUUUGUCAAGAUGAAGAUCUUGAUAAGCCAGGAGGCAGAGGCCUCCCCAUACAAUGCAUCUUUGUUUCAAAACGAGCGCCCAUCAGCAUCCAGUCAAAGCCACUUUGGGAAUGGGACUAAGCCAAGAUCAUUCGAGAGAAGGGGCCGCGGGGUCCUGGGAUGGGGGCGGGGCUAGGGCUCGGGAACUCCAGUCACAUGUCGCUGUCACCCGCCACUCAUCCUGUUUGUCCGUUUUGGAAGACUCAUGGCGACACGGAUUCAAUGGAGUCCAUUCAGGCCCAUAUCCUGCUACUUGCUUUGGCUUCUUCUAGUAGGAGCCUCAUCGGAAAUGACGCCAUUUCAAGUCAACUCACCAUGAAUCUUGAUGUCGGCACAUGAUGCCUGGGAAUCGACAGCGAUGGCCAUUUGUGGUCCUUCCAUGUGUGUGGGAUGAGCAAGCACCAACAAGUGACUGUUUCCCCAUCAGCCCCAUCUGUUGCAAUGCAUUGUGGGGCCCCUCAAGUCAGAGACACUUGCGUUAUGCGGCAGUAGCGGCCCAUAUCUUCCCUCAGUGCUCCAACACGCUUGACUUGACCCCCCCCCCCCCCCCCCCCGAUUGCCAAGCCCCAAAGGACCCUCUGAGGAGUCUUCAUAUUCACUGGGAGAAAGUUAGACGGCGCAACUUGCCGCCCGGUCCGCACCGCACCGCCCCCCAACCCCCCCCCUCCGUCGUCGUCUUCUUCCUCCUCCAGCUGGCCAGCAGAUGGGAAGACCUGUUGGCCAAGGGAGGGAGAAAGGGAAUGAGGAAGAAGAGGGCUGAAAGUAAAGGAUAGUGAGUGAUAAGCACACUUGGUGGCUGAUGUGAACUUAGAUAGCCCCGACUGUGUGCGUGUACGUGGGCGUGUGCGUGUACGUGCGUGUCUUGUUUACAGGUCCUCGCUGAGUGCAGGAAGCCAGACCGUGCGGGGGAAGGAGAUGUCGGAGGAUGGGCAUUUUAAGGGGAGGCCCUGCGGGAACCUCACACCAGGAUUGUCCAGUGGCGGCUGUACAAGCUGUGCAGAUGGUCGAGGUUGGAGAGUGUCAUCACAUCGGAGAGGGGAUUAGAGGCGAGAGGUUGUCUUCCAGGAGCUGUGUGGUCCCCCCCGCCGCCGCCGCCGCAGUCCUCCCUCCCUCGCCGCCCUCAAGUCCUCUUAUGAGCGCAGGGGAACAGUCGCAGGAUUCCUUUUGCCCGCACGCUGCCCCGCCACAGUUGACCGCAUUAGGGUUCAAGUGAGCGGCCCGGGGUGGACCUCCCUCCCCUCAAUUUGACGAACCGCUCCCCAAACAUUCAGAAAAAAAAUGCAGCCACGGUGGCUGUCCUGCUUGGCUCUCCUCUCGUCUCUGGCCUGGGCUUCGAAUGUCUCGGGCUACGCCACCACCCGGGCUCAGGGCCUCCGGGGCCGCAUCCAGAGGGACCGCCGGAACAUCCGGCCCAACAUCGUCCUCAUCAUGACUGACGACCAGGAUGUGGAACUGGGCUCUCUGCAGGUCAUGAACAAAACCCGCAAGAUCAUGGAGGACGGCGGCACCGCCUUCACCAACGCCUUCGUCACCACGCCCAUGUGCUGCCCGUCCCGCUCGUCCAUGCUGACGGGCAAGUACGUUCACAACCACAACACCUACACCAACAACGAGAACUGCUCGUCGCCCUCCUGGCAGGCCCAGCAUGAGCCGCGCUCCUUCGCCGUCUACCUCAACAACACCGGUUACAGGACAGGCUUCUUUGGCAAGUAUCUCAACGAGUACAACGGCAGCUACAUUCCGCCUGGGUGGCGUGAGUGGGUCGGACUGAUCAAAAAUUCCCGCUUCUACAAUUACACCGUCUGUCGGAACGGUUACAAGGAGAAACACGGCGCAAAUUACGCCAAGGACUACUUCACCGACCUGAUCACCAACGACAGCAUCAACUUCUUCCGCAUGUCCAAGAGGAUGUAUCCGCACCGUCCAGUGAUGAUGGUCAUCAGCCACGCCGCCCCCCACGGCCCGGAAGACUCGGCACCGCAGUACGCUGAUUUUUUCCCCAACGCCUCCCAGCACAUCACGCCCAGUUACAACUAUGCCCCCAACAUGGACAAGCACUGGAUCAUGCAGUACACGGGCCCCAUGAAGCCCAUCCACAUGGAGUUCACCAAUUUCCUCCACCGCAAGAGGCUGCAGACCCUCAUGUCCGUGGAUGACUCCGUGCAAAAGGUUUACGAGAUGCUGGAGGAAACGGGCGAGCUGGACAACACCUACGUCAUAUACACCGCCGACCACGGCUACCACAUCGGUCAGUUCGGGCUAGUCAAAGGCAAGUCCAUGCCGUACGACUUCGACAUUCGCGUGCCCUUCUUCCUCAGAGGGCCCAACGUGGAACCCGGCGCUGUAAAUCCUCAUCUGGUGCUCAAUAUCGACCUCGCGCCGACUGUCCUCCAUAUUGCCGGGCUGGACACGCCCCCUGACAUGGACGGAAAAUCCAUCCUUAAGCUACUGGAGCAGGAAAGGACCGGCAAUAGAUUCAAACCCAACCGGAAACCCAAAGUCUGGAGGGACACAUUCCUUGUCGAGCGAGGGAAGAUCCUGAGGAAGAAGGACGACUCGGCCAGCACCCAGCACACCAACAGCCUGCCCAAGUACAUGAAAGUCAAGGAGACGUGCCAGCAAGCUGAGUUCCAGACGCCGUGUGAGCAGCCGGGGCAGAAGUGGCACUGCGUGGAGGAGAUGACGGGCAAGUGGAGGAUACAGAAGUGCAAGGGCGGCUCCAAGGAUGGCCCUCGCAAGCGGGCCCGCAGCCUGAGGCCCCGCGGCGUCUACGACACCCAGGAGAGGGGCUGCGACUGCACUGACGCGCUCUACAAAGCCUCGAGGAUGGAACGUCGCUCACACCGGCAGACUUCCCCUGGCCACCGUUAUCGUCCACGUUUCGUCCACACGCGGCCCGCCAGGUCUCUCUCAGUGGAAUUCGAGGGGCAGAUCUACGAUGUGGACCUGCAGGCGGACGACGACGAUCAGAGCGCCGUACGCCGCCGCGCCGUCACCAAGCGCCACCCGGCCCCCACGGACGACCUGGACUUCGAUUCGGGCUCGUACGACGGCUCCGAGGAGAUGCUGGCGGACGACACCAAUACGGUUGGGUACCCCAAGUCCCUCAAGGUCACCCAUAAGUGUUACAUCCUGAUGAACGACUCGGUCCAUUGUGAGAGGGAAAUCUACCAGUCGUCCAGAGCCUGGAAAGACCACAAGAGCUACGUGGACCAAGAGAUUGAAGCACUUCAAGACAAAAUCAAAAAUCUGAGGGAAGUCCGAGGCCACUUGAAGAGGACGCGGCCAGACGAGUGUGACUGUGGGAAAAAAAGUUUUUACAGCAAAGGGGACAGAAGCAAGGCAGAGAGAGUGAAGAACAGGAACAAUCAACUGCAUCCGUUUAAGGAGUCGGCACACGAGUUGGACGGCAAGGCACAGCUGUACAACGAGAUCCGCCGCCGCAAAAAGGAACGCAAGGAGAAGAAGCGUCUAAGGAAGGGCGACGACUGCAGCCUGCCUGGCCUCACUUGCUUCACGCACAACAAUGACCACUGGCAGACCGCCCCCUUCUGGUCACUGGGCGGCUUCUGCGCUUGCACCAGCUCCAACAACAACACCUACUGGUGCCUGAGGACCAUCAACGAGACGCACAAUACACUUUUCUGCGAGUUCUCCACCGGCUUCCUGGAGUAUUUUGACCUCAACAGCGAUCCUUACCAGCUGACCAACGGCGUGUAUGAGGUGGAUCGCGACAUCUUGAACUCCCUUCACGGCCAGCUGAUGGAGAUGAGGAGCUGCCAAGGUUUCAAGCAGUGCAACCCCAGACCCAAAGGCUCGGACGCGGUGCACUCUGGGAUGGACGACAGGGUUAAAUUGCCAAACCUGACGGACGAGGACGUCAAUUGGCAAGGACUGGAGGAUCUGUACAGCAUCAACGAAAGCCUUUAUGACUGGAGGCCCGACUACAGCCCGGGACCGGAUGACUGGGCCAAUUUCCGCAAAGAUGUGGACCGCGUCUUUGCAUUGCCGCCCAUUUUCAACCAAUCCCGCCUGACGCUGGUGAUCGACGACUCUGCCCCGGAUGAGCUGGGCUCUGGGGGCGGAGCCUUUGAAGCGGGCAGCGGAGUAGAGGCUGGGGAUGUCUGGCCAGGGGGCGCCUGGCCGAGGGGCGACCUACCCGGGGCCUUCAUACCCAGCCUCACGACAACACCCUUAUCCGCCCCCUCACUACAGAAGGAACCAGAUUACGUUGUCAACGACCUUCCCGAGGGGAACACAGUCCAUCCCCGGGGUGCCUUUCUUGUGGGCGUCCUUUCCGAGGUCAUCUUACCCACCUCCAGCCUCUUGCCAACACCUUCAGCCGAGCCUUCACCGCAGAGGAAACCGGAUCCUGAUGUUAAUGACCUGUCCAAGAGGCAAACGGACCGACCCCGGCAACCAGAGCUGCGACCCCAGGUCGUCUCUCCGGGCGGCGCCCUUGCCAGGGGCAUCUUUCCCAUCCCCAGCCAAAUGCCAACACCCACACCGCCGAAGAAACCAGAUCCAGUUGUCAAUGACCUUAAUGGGAGGCAGAGAGUCUCACUCCAGAUGGCAGGGGGGCAAGACCAAGGCGUCCCUCCUGGGGACGUCUUGCCCGGCCAAAGCCGAAAGCCAUCACCCUCAAACUCUCCUACAUUGAAUAAGAAACUGGAUGCUCUUGCCAACGACCUUAUUGAAAAGCAAACAGAAUGGUUCCAGGUGCCAGAGGGGCAACCCCAUGGUGUCUUUCCAGGAAAGGAUGUCUUGCCUCGCCCCGGCCUCGUGCCAGUUCCAUCAUCCAAACCCACAAAGCAAGAGAACCCGUAUCCCACAGUCAACAACCUUCCUGAGAGGCGGAUAGACUGGCCCCAGGUGCCAGAAGGGCAAUCCCAGCAGCCAACACCUUCUUUCGAGUUUACACUGAAACCAGAUCCCGUCGCCAACGAAAAUCCUGAGAGGCAGAUAGACCGGCUCCGGGGUGUCUUCCUAGCGGGAGUCCCCAACCUCACGCCAACACCCUCGUCUGCUCCUACACUGGGGAAGAGACCAGAACCUGUUGUCGAAGACCUCCCAAAGAGGCCUCAGGUUGCAGUUCGUCAGAUGGAGGAGCUGGAGGGGGACACGGUCAGCGGCGAGGGCCCAAUCGAGCUGGACACGCGGCACGACACCAUGCUGCUGGCUCGCAACGCCCCGGAGCACCACCCGACCCACGUCGAGGGCGCUGCCCCCUUCCCCGACCCCAAUAACGAUUAUGACUUGGGGGAUAUUUUCCAGGACCAAGGAUUCCUCCCUCUGCGGCCCAACGUGAGGCCCGGCACCACCGAGAGCCACCCCGACCGGCGUACAUCGCCGAGUCGGAGCGCCGUGGCGCCGCUCCUCCCGUUGGUCUUCGAGGGCAGCGGCUCUCUGCCUCGACCAAGCGAUCCACAACUCUGACAAGACACGUGACUGACACGUCAGUCAUUCAGACUUAUAUAAUGACUUUCAAAGUUAUUUUUUUAUGUUGUUAUUAUUAAUUGUAUUAUUAUUAGCUGACAAUGUUAUGAUUUCCUUUUCAAAAAAAGUGUGUGUAUAUAUAUAUAUAUAUAUAUAUAUAUAUAUAUAUAUAUAUAUAUAUACUGUAUAUAUUUCGAGAGCAGCCUUAAUGCAGCUAUGUUUUGGGAUUGAAGUGGAAUAAUUCCAUGCAUUUUGUUUUUAAGGAGUGUGAGUGCACGGCAAGAAAACAACACACCCCCAAUGCACUUUUGAGCAUUUUUAUUAUUAUUAUUUACCGCUUUUGAAAUAUGUUGAGUGCAUACAGUAAUGAGAGAUUAUUUGGGGCGGGGGGGAAUUGUUUUUGUUUUCCACUGGUUUAGCUCACAAAAUGUUGAAUUAUUUACUUUGUCAACAUAUUCAAACACUUGAAAUUGUGUGGAUGUAUGUGUGUGCGCGUGUUUAUGGAAGGUUCAUCGUCGCAUUUGUCAUAAAUACAGUAAAAGCAAUAUGGUCACCACAACACCUGAUUGGUUUCUAAGACACUCCAGAAUUUUAUUGGUAAUUGCAAAGUUGUCACCAUAACACUAUUUAUAUUACUUUGUUCCAGUGACAAUAUAUAAGCUAAUUUCAAUCAUGUUCAUUUUUGCACAUUGGUUUGUAUUGAAUUUUAAGGCAUAGUGCUCCUAUAUGAUCGUGUGUGUGUGGGCGGAGGGGGGGGGGGGGGGGUGCGAGUGAGUGGAUGCUGGUUGCUGGAAAGCCAUGACAAUAAAAACCUCUCAACCAUC